AUGAGUCUAAAGGAGUCAAAAAUGCCGCCUUCGGUACUCAUCAAUAAUAUUCUGUACAAAGAGAACGGAUUCCCGAAAGAAUCGCUUAAUAAAAUAGAGUACGGAAUGAUGUUUAAUAAACUGGAGAUCAAAGGCAAGACUGAGCGAAGACUGUUUCAAAUACAACUCGAUCUCUUCCGACUUCUGUGGUGUUCAGCCAAGAGUCAGAUCGAGGGUAUCAUCCAUUUGAAAGACAUCAGAGAAGUGCGAAUCGGAACCUAUUUAAAGCCCACUGAGAAUAAAGCGGAUGACCCGAGGAAAGCGUAUUCUGAUCAGGUUUUUGCCAUUUAUUACGGCAAAAAGUUUAGAUUAAAAGAGUUGAUAUGUUUCGCCGAUUCUUCAAACGACAUCGAACUCUGGUCUAAAGGCAUAAGAUAUUUGAGGCAAACCCUAUUGAGAGCGCCCUAUCAUUCGCACAUCGAUAUAAUGUUGAGACGAGAGUUCGCAGACCUAAACAGAAUGGGUGUCCAGAAUAAGCACAAAACCGGAGUGAUUUAUUUGAAAGACAUGAAAGCAUUUUUAGCCAAAAUUCACUGCAAACUAUCAAACGAACAGUUGAAGGGACACUUCCAUGCAGUGGACAAAGAGUUUGCAAAUCAACUCGAUUUCGAUGGCUUUUCCACAUUUUUCUUGAAUCUAAUGAAUUUGGACUCAAAUAAAUUCCUGAGCGAACAAAUUGGCUCUUAUUCUGGCGAUGGAAAGAGAGUUACUCUCAAAGAAUUUCUCACUUUUUUAAGAAAAGAGCAGAAAAAUGAAACUUUGGACCAAAAUAAGGCAUCGCUUUUAAUUAACAGCUAUGUCUUGGAUCCGCUGAGACACUACGAAGUGGACCCGUAUUUCACAACCAAUGAAUUUACUGAUUAUCUAUUCUCCAAACAAAACAGUGUUUGGGAUUUAAAGUAUGAGAUUGUAUAUCAAGAUAUGUCACAUCCAUUACCACAUUAUUUCAUCGCUACCUCUCAUAACACAUACUUAAGUGGAGACCAAUUCAUGAGCGAGUCGUCCGUUGAAUGUUAUGCGAGAUGUCUUCAGAUGGGCUGCAGAUUGGACUGUUGGGACGGACCGGAAGGAAAGCCGCUUAUAUAUCACGGCCACACUUUGACAUCAAGAAUACGUUUUAUUGAUGUCAUUACAACCAUAAAGAGACACGCGUUCACUGCAUCUGAAUAUCCAUUGAUCUUAUCGAUUGAAAAUCACUGCAGUUUUAAACAACAGCAAUAUAUGGCCACAGCUUUUCGAGAAGUUUUUGGAGAAAAGCUAUAUUAUGUCGAACCCAAUGCUGAGGAAGAAGAUGACGACGAAGAAGAGGAGAAUAUUUAUGGGACAAGAGAUUCGGCGGAAUUGUAUGAGAACAACGCCUAUGAAAUGCAUUUCGGAGAGACUUGGUUUCACGGAAAAGUUAAACGAGCGGAGGCCGAGUUAUUGUUGAACAGGUAUUUAUGCGAUGAUAACAGCAGUGACGGCACAUUUCUGGUCAGAAACGGUGAAUCAAAUUCUGGUGUAUUUUCGCUGUCAUUCAUAUAUAAGAAUCAGAUCCAUCACAGUAUUAUAUAUCACACCAAUAAUACUAACAACAAAACUUAUAACCUCAACAAAUACAAGACCUUUCAAAGUCUUUAUGAACUCAUAGCCUAUUAUCAGAUGCAUCCGCUUCGGAGCCAAAAGUUUCAGGAGUUGUAUUUGAAAACUCCUGUUCCGCAACCAAAUUCACACGAAGACAAGGAAUGGUUUUACAAGAAUAUGACCCGAUCUCAGGCCGAAGAUCUGCUCAGAAGACUGAGAAAUAACGGCGCUUUCCUCGUCCGGCCGAGUGAGAGAUCUCACUCUGAAGACGACAAUCUAUUUUCUAUUUCUUUUAGAAAAGUGAAACUAAAAUUUCCGGCCACUAAAGAGAUUGUCGACAAACUCGGAGGGGAACCGGAUUUGGAUUCUCAAUGCAAUUACAUGAACCCAAAGAGUAAUACAAUUAAAGUGAUGGCUAGUUAUGACUAUCAGGCGAAGAAUGCCGAAGAAUUGUCGUUCAGCGCCGGAGAUAUUAUUGUUAAUGUUGUGAAACAAGACCACGGAUGGUGGAGGGGUGACAUCGGCUCUAAGAUUGGUUACUAUUUUCCCUCAAACUUUGUCGAAGAAAUAGACAACGAAGAUAUGAAACCAUUUUCAUCGAAUAAAUUGUCGUGGGAUUUAAAGCAUGGGUCGGUUGAACUCAACGCCAAUUUAAUUCUCGUGCCGUUCGUACAAAACAGUAGCCGUGAAUGGGUUUUCCGUUUGGGAACUCUCGAUAUAUCGGCACAGAAUGAGGAAGAAAUGAGGGAAUGGAUUACCAAAAUACAAGAGACAAUUCAAUUGAGCAAGGCCAAACUAAGAAACAGCAAAGAAUUGAAGCAAAACGUAAAGAUUGCGCCCGAAUUAAACAGCCUUAUUGUCUAUUGCAGUGCCGUUCCCUUCAAUGGCUGUUCGACACAUUUUACAGAAAUGUCAUCGUUUUCCGAAAGCAAAUUUGAGAAACUCAUAAAUCCAAACAAUUUUAGAAAUAUAUUGAAAUACAAUGAAAAGCAGUUGAGUAGAGUGUACCCGAAAGGACCACGUAUGAAUUCAUCCAAUUACGAUCCCAUCCGGAUGUGGAACUCAGGCCUACAAAUGGCUGCACUUAACUAUCAAACGCCCGACAAAUCUAUGCAAUUAAAUGAAGCCGUGUUUUUGCAAAACGGCAAAAGUGGUUAUGUUUUGAAACCUCAGUAUAUGUUUGACGACAACUAUAAUCCUUAUGAAAAGCCGUUAGAAUUACAGAAUUAUAAUCCAGUUAUACUGACAGUUAGGGUAAUCGGUGCCAGGAAUCUGAAGAAAUCACUGAAAGGAAUAGUCAGUCCUUCCAUCGAAAUAGAGAUAAUAGGCGUUGACUAUGACUGCAGAAAGUGCUUAACUCGAGUCGUCCAUGACAACGGCCUGAACCCCGUUUGGUCGAGUGAGACAUUUGUAUUCAACAUAACGUGUCCCGAAUUGGCGUUAAUCCGCUUUUUGGUCUGUCAUUUGGACACUUUCGACGACUCGAGUUUUGUCGGACACUCAACACUCCCUAUCACUUGUCUGAGACCAGGUUAUAGAAGCGUUCAAUUGAAGAAUGAGUUCAGCGAAGAACUCGAUUUAUCGACACUUCUUAUUCAUUUGGAUAUCAGAAGAGCUAAGGAUAGUAAUAUCAAGACUUCAGUAGAAAUGUUAAAACAUUUAUCGGAAAACUUGUCUAAAAUGAUCGCCGACUCAGAAAAGUGCGGAAACGAAACGGAAGUGAAAAGAUUUAAAAACUAUAUCUCGACCCGAAAAGCGGUGGUAAUACUGAUGGCCAUAUUCUUGGGAUCAGUUCUUUGUCUAAGUCUUGUUUACUAUAACUUUCCUAAACUCGAGCCGUCUGAGAGGAAUCACAUAAGACUCCCGAAGAAUAUAGAAGACGCCAAACGAUUGGGAACAGUAUUAUCUCAUUAUAAGGACAAGUAUUUUGUGGUGGUUUUAAGCGGUUUUCUCGUCACUUAUGUCUUUCUUCAGUCGUUUGCGAUUCCCGGCUCAAUAUUCCUCAGUAUUUUAUCUGGUUUUCUGUUCCCAUUCCCGAUGGCUCUCUUCUGCGUCUGUUUGUGUUCAGCAGUGGGCGCUUCCCUCUGCUAUCUGUUGUCUUAUUUGGUCGGAAGACGUAUUGUUCUCAAGUAUUGGCCACAAAAGGCGGCGCAAUGGGCGGCACAGGUCGACAAACAAAAGGAUAAUCUCAUGUAUUAUAUAAUAUUCUUGAGAAUCACACCAUUGCUGCCAAAUUGGUUCAUAAACAUUACGUCGCCGUUAGUUGACAUUCCGUUGACCACAUUCUUCAUCGGAACCUUUUUUGGUGUGGCCCCGCCGUCGUUCAUCGCAGUCCAGGCGGGAACCACUCUCCAGAAGCUGUCGUCCAGCGCUAACAUCCUUUCGUGGCAAUCGAUUGUAGGGCUCAUUAUAUUCGCUGCCGUUUCCGUAAUUCCAGUCCUAAUGAAAGGUAAACUUAAAGAGAAAUUUAAGAUACUUUAGGACAAAAUGAACGCUUUUUUAGUCAAAUAAAUAUAUAUUAAUUAAUUG